AAUUGAAUUACGGCCUUAGACCUAGUCGUGUAUAUAAAAGAAAUGAAGGCAAAGACGAUCCUUAUCUGAGAGAUAGUUGAAUGUGUGGCAUCGUUAGACACAAAUUUUAUAUGGAAGAGAUUUAAAAAAAAACAUCAAAAUAAACUCAAUGUGUUAAAAGCCAAUUUGUAUAUGAUGAUUUAUUAUUUUUGAUGUCCUAUUUAAAUUCUAAUCGUAAAAAAUUAUAUAUAUUUUAUUAUAUUAUAUAGAUAUCCUUGUAUCCUUCAUAUUCAGUUUAAUAAUAAUUUAUAAUAUUUAAAAUAGAACAAAGCUUUUAAUAAUAAAAUAUAAUAAAGAAAUUGAAAAAGUAAAAAAUUCAUAUAUGUAAAUAAUCUAAAAAUGUAUAAUGAAAUUAUUAAGAUAACCUAUGUAUUAUCUCAUUCAUGAACUAUAUUAGUAACGAUAUAUUCAAUAUAACCUAUAAAUCAAAAUUACUUAAAAAUAAAUAUUUAAUAUUAAGAAUAAAAUAGAAUUAUAUCUCUUUUAAUUUCUUAAUUCAAAAAAAUUUUAUAAUUUAUAAUGAAAACACAAAAUUGGAGAGAAUUGCCUUUAAGCGACUCUGUACUUAAAACUAUUGAAGAAUUAAAAUUUACUUAUAUGACACCUGUGCAGGCAGCUUCUAUACCAUUAUUAUUAAAAGGAAAAGAUGUUGCAGCAGAAGCAGUAACAGGGAGUGGAAAAACAAUUGCUUUUUUAGUUCCAUUAUUAGAAAUAUUACAGAAAAGAAAAGAGAAAUGGAAACCUACAGAAAUUGGAGGAAUAAUAAUUAGCCCUACAAGAGAAUUAGCUGUACAAAUAAAUGAAGUUUUACAGAAGUUUUUAAACAAUAUACCAAAUUUAAAACAAAUAUUACUUGUCGGUGGUACAACAAUUGCAGAAGAUGCAGAUAGACUUAAAGCAGGAGCAAAUAUUAUUGUAGCUACACCUGGUAGAUUAGAAGAUAUAUUAUCUAACUGUAAAAUUAUAAAUCUAGCAGCAUAUAUAAAAUCUUUGGAAAUAUUGAUCUUAGAUGAAGCUGAUAGAUUAUUAGAUCUAGGUUUUUCUACAGCAUUAGAUACAAUUUCUUAUUUACCACGUCUUAGAAGAACAGGUUUAUUUUCUGCAACUCAAACAAAAGAAUUACAACAAUUAAUAAGAGCUGGUCUUAGAAAUCCAUCUUUGAUAACUGUUAAAGAAAAACCAAAUAUUUCUACACCAUCAAAUUUAAAAAAUAAUUUUAUUAUUGUAAAUACUGAAUACAAAUUUUCUACAAUGAUAGAUUUUAUUCAGCAUAAGGGAACUAAUUUAAAGUAUAUGAUUUUUUUAUCUACUUGUGCAUGUGUUGAUUAUUUUAAUCAUAUUGUACAAGCAAUGUUGCCAUCUGUGCAAGUAUUUGCAAUUCAUGGUAAAAUGAAAAAUAAGCGAUAUAAAAUAUUUAAUGAAUUCCGAAACAUCAAAACUGGUAUUUUAAUUUGCACAGAUGUAAUGGCUCGUGGUAUUGAUAUUUUAGAAGUGGAUUGGGUAUUACAAUAUGAUCCUCCUUGUUCAGCUAGUAAUUUUAUUCAUAGAUGUGGAAGAACUGCUAGGAUAGGUAAUGAAGGAAAUGCAUUAUUAUUCCUUUUAGAAACCGAAGAUGCAUAUGUAGACUUUAUUAAAAGAAAUCAAAAAGUAGAAAUACAACAAAUAGUUUUGGAAUCAUCCAUAAUUUCAUAUGAAAAGUGCUUAAAAUGUAUGAGAGAUUUACAAAAACAAGAUCGAUUUCUUUUUGAUAAGGCUAAUAGAGCAUUUGUAUCAUAUAUUCAAGCAUAUAAUAAACAUGAAUGUAAUUUAAUAUUAAGAUUGAAAGAUAUUGAUUUAGGAAAGCUUGCAAUGAGUUUUGGUUUAUUGCGAAUGCCUCGUAUGCCAGAACAAGGAAAAGAUACAUCAAGUUUUGGAGAAGAACAUGUUGAUAUAAAUUCCAUUGCAUAUUCAGAUAAACAAAAAGAAAAAAGUCGCUUAGAAAAGUUAAAAAUUUUUCGAGAUACUGGAAUAUGGCCUAAGAUACAUAAAAGUAAACGCAAACAAACAGAACCAUGGUCUGAAGCUAAAAAGAAAAAACUAGAAAGACAAGAAAAUCGUAAAAGAAGAAAAGAAAAAAAACUAAAACAAAAAAUGUUAGUAAACUCAGCAAAAAAACAAAAAAGAAAAAUAAAUGAACAAGACAUUGAAGAUCUAGCAAAAGAUAUAGCAUUAAUUAAGAAAUUAAAAAAAAAGAAGAUUUCUCAAGAAGAAUUUGAUGCUGCUUUUGGAAUUGACUAAAAAAUUUAAACUAAAUAAUAAAUAAAUAAUUACAAAAAAUAUUAUUAUUAUGUAUAUUUAUAUAUAGAAAAUAUUAUCAAUAAAUAAA